AUGGCGGAAAUGCGCUCAAAUGCUUUUCCUGAGCCAGAGCCUCAGCUUUCAACUCCACUUCAGCCUCAGGAGCGUCCCUCUACUUCUGCAGCGCCAUCCUCUUCUUCACGCCUUCAAGAACAGUUGAUGUACAAGAACCGUCUACAGGAAUACGUGCAAAGGUCGGCCAUUCAGCUGCCAAUGUAUAAAACUGUAAAUGAAGGAUCACAACAUGCACCUAAGUUUAGGUCAACGUUGGAAGUGGAUGGACAGAUUUAUACCUCUCCAAACACUUUUUCAAAGAGAAAAAUGGCCGAACAAGACGUUUCCAAACUUGCACUGGAGCACAUAUCAAAGAAGAUAAAGGAUGAAAGAUGUCCACUGACUCCACUCAUUUGUGAGAAUACAGUAUUUUGCAAGUCUAUCCUUAACGAGUUUGCUGUCAAGAUGAAUCUGCAAAAGCCUAUUUACAAUACUGUUCAAACAAAAGUGCUGCCUGCAGUUUUCAUAUCUUCUUUGGUUUUCAAUGGUGUAUGUUAUAAGGGUAAGUCUGGAUCAGGAAUAAUUCUUUCUGAGAUUAUUAAGUCUAAAGGCAACCUCUAUUCUGCAUUGCAUAAAGUCAAGGAUAGAAGCCAUGCCAAUAUCAGUGCUGUACCUAGCAUACGAGCCAUGGAAGUUGCAAUUCUAGGGUCUUCCUCCAAAACACAAGUUUGCACUGAACUCAAAGUACCACCACCUGAACCAUCAACUCAAUUGAUCAAUGCACAACCCUCAUCUCAGGCAGUCAAUUUACAAAGUGGAUUUGUGCCUGCUGAUUUACCAGAGCUUUCAGUUGUGGGUCCAAGUUCCUCAAAGAAGCGCAAAAAAAAUCAGGAAGAAGCUGAUAAGAAAUUGUAG